CACAGGUUGUACGUAUUGUGUUCACACGGUGCAGCGAACGUGGCCAAACAUUCUUCUUUAUUUAGGUCACGUAACGAUUGUUUACAUUAUGUUAGUGUCGCUAAGGUAAUCGUUGCUCUCUCACUAAUGACACGUAUUUCAAUAUGUAGGAGUGUACUUCAUCUACAUGGCAGCCUGCACUGUCAUCAAAUGGUGCCAAGCAGCGGUUCCUCCAUAUUGUAGCUCAGAAAACAAAACACUCGUGGAAAAGACGCAAACGGGGAGAAGCAAAUUAGCCCUGGCAUGUGACAACCAGCUGCUCGAGGUUGCAAUGAUUCCUAGGGGAAAAAAAAAAACAUUACACGGAAAGCUGACAAGAAGCAGCUUGGCGAGAGGAAGUCUACCCAAUAAAUUAUCUCCUAAAACGACUGCAGCCUUGCCGAAUAGCCUUCCUGUAAAGUUGACACCUACAGCGAUGUUCGCUUGCAUACUUUGGCUGCUCGUCGCAAGCAACCAGCACCUUCUGCUCUCCGAAGCUGCACGAGCGUUCACGAUAGAUUAUAAAAGAGAAACAUUCCUAAAAGACGGCAAGCCCUUCCGGUUCGUCGGAGGCUCAAUGCACUACUUCCGGGUACCGCGACCCUACUGGGACGACCGUCUGCGCAAGAUGCGAAUGGGUGGCCUGAACGUCGUCGACUUCUACAUCGACUGGAGCGGUCACGAGCCGGAACCCGGACAGUACAACUUCCGCGACAACUACGACCUGUCCGCUUUCCUGGAAGCAGUGAAGAAGGCCGACCUGCUGGCCCUGGUGAGACCGGGACCCUUCGUGUGCGGCGAAAUCGACAACGCCGGCUUUCCGUACUGGCUGGUCAGAAAGCACCCCGACAUUCAAUACCGGACGAUGCAGCGAGAGUACGUUCAAGAAGUGCAGAAGUGGUUCAACGUCCUCUUCCCCAAGAUAGCCCCGUACCUCUACAAGAACGGCGGGCCCAUCAUCCUGGUUCAGCUGGAGAACGAGUACGGUCACCUGGACGGCUACUGCGAUCCCAACUACAUGGAGUUCAUGCUCCAGUUGCAGGAAAGGCUCCUGGGCAAGGACGUGGUCAUGUUCCGAAGCGACUCGCCCGUACAGUCGAGGUACGACUGCGACCGGGUUCGCGACGUGCUCGUGGCGGGCAACUGUUACCCAAGGACGAACGUUUCGGAAACGUUCGCCGCCAUUCGCCGGGGUAUGGUGAGGCCCGGAGGCCCGAUUCUGGUGCCAGAGUACUACACCGGCUGGAUGGACUACUGGGGCUAUGCGCACAACAAGGAGAACCCGCGAGACGUCGUCAAAACCUUCGAGCAGAUGAUGGAUCACGGAGCCAACGUGGUCUUCUACAUGUACCACGGCGGAACCAGCUUCGGCUUCAAGGCGGGCACGAGCAACACGGCGCCUCUGGUCAGCAGCUACGACUACGGGGCGCCGCUGGCCGAGGACGGCGAUCCCAGGCCUUACUACUACCAGAUCCGCAAGUCCAUCAGCAAAUACAUGCCAGUUCCCAAGGGAAAACUCCCGCGGCGAUCCCGGAAGCUGAGCCUCGGCGCGAUUCGCAUGAACGAAGGUACUCCGCUGGACAGGGUAUUGCGACACUUCCUGGACAAGGGGUGGCUUAGGCAAAAGCGGUCCAAGUACCCGAUGACGUUCGAAGAGUUUGGCUUGGACUUUGGCUUUAUGGUGUACAAAACGAGAGCCCAAGUGCGGCGCGCUCGUAAGUACAAGGUCACGUUGCACGGCCUGCGGGACCGCGCGCACUUGUCACUGCGACAAGAACGUCACGUGAUACAAGCGUUCACGAUGAACGAAAAGGAAAAGCCGAAACUGUACAAGGAAGUGCUCCUUCGGAAAGGAGACGAAGUGUCAAUUUUAGUAGAAAACAUGGGGCGGGAGGAUUUCGGCCCCAAGAACAAGGAUCCGAAGGGAAUCAGACGUGUGACCGCAGACGGCUCGAACAUGACCGGCUGGCUUAUGGAAGCUGUUCCUGUGACGCGGAACAGGGACGUCAGCGAACUGAUGCAUUUCCUGAGACGACGCAGCGGAGAGGUUUGCAAAAGGGCGCCAUGUUUCUAUCACGGUUCCUUCGUGCUCCCGAAGGGGCAGGCGCGUCUGGACACGUUCCUGGACCCUUCCAACUACACCAAGGGCGUCGCCUUCGUGAACGGCAUCAACGUCGGCCGCUACUGGCCCGCGGUGGGGCCGCAAGUGACCCUUUACGUACCCGCCGUCUUUCUGCGACCCCACCCCGAGGAGAACAACGUCAUCAUGAUGGAGAUCGACGAAUUACCAAAACGAGAUCAGCGAGGAGUCAGCUUUGCGAACAGGCCACGUUUAGAAGGCUAUGUGGAACGGCCUCAUGCUUAAAGCUUAGUCUUUUGAGAGUCUGAUGAGUAAGGCUGUCACCAGUACAAUCGUGAGCGAUAUGGAAGCGGUAACUUCUUCUGGCUUAUCCUAGCAGCGAUAAAGUGACCAGGUUCCGUUAAGUCCUGGAAGGUCGCCGUGUUCGAAGAUUAACUAGACCAACAAGCUGCUCUCGAAAGCCUUUGCAUGUAGCGAAGGCUGCGCCCUCUCGACUUGAACGCUACGUGUUGAGGCACAGCGUAAAUUCGUUUUUCUUUCUUUCUUUUCUUUUGGCGCAAUCUUCAUCACGUGAAUUUUCUGGAGCCCAUAUAGCAAUGUAGCAAGACAAAGCGGCUCUAGGCAGCCGCGAUCUUUAUAUUCCAACACAAUAAAAAAGUAAGCUUGUAGCGAACAAAGACGAAUAGGAACAAGCCAAGCAUUGGCCGAAAUACCGUUUUCACUUGCUGUCGGAAUGCUCGCUGGAAAGUGAUACAGUAUGUGGUACACCUUGUCCUCAAUCGUCCCCCUGAUGUCAAGCGGUCAGUUUGAUCAUCUCCCAGGCCGGUGGUGAUGACGAAUAAAAUGUUAUCUCAUAGUGAA